UUUAAACAGACUACGGAUGAGCUUUUCGCUCUGCUCAAGGAAUGUCGGCACUGAGUGAGGUUGGAGUGUCAAUUCGGGCAAUGGUUUUCAACAUGACUCGUUGAUGCUUUGAAUGCACAGAGCUGAAACAGAUUCGCUGUGCUGCCUCCUUCGAAUUCAACAACGCAGUGUGUCAAAGACGUUCAUGGCACUCGUAGUCGCAAAUCGUUGCGCUGCUUGUGAGGGAGCUGAGCUCGUUGGAGUGUCAAAGACGUUCACGGCAAACCUUCGAAUUCAUUUCUGCUUGCAGCAAGCUGAAAUGAGUUCGCAAAAUGUUCGGCUGCUUGUGAGGGAGAUUUCCGACUCGAGGCCAAGCGGACAGACUUGAAAACAUUUUCUUCUUCAUCAGCAACAGGAGCUCUUCUCUAGCUCGUCGUCGCUAGUGUUUGGUGGUUUUGUCUAGGGCUCUAUUCCAGCAGCAUCGAAGCGCUUCAUGGCACGUAGGGAGUUGAUCUUCUCUUCUUCUUCUUCUUCUCCUUGAUCUGAUCCGAUUCAUUUCUCUGCCCCUCUCAGAGCAGAGUUUUUGGAAUGCAAUCCAGACCUUUGCGUUCCA